AUGAAGGGAGAGCUGUCUGCACAAGAAAUUGAAAAUUCAGAAAAGAUGUUCAUGAAAAUUGUUCAAAGGGAAGCUUUCAAUGGAAAGUCUACUGGUGACAAAUUAAAAACCCUUAAUAUUUCCUUAGAUGAUGAUGGAUUGAUUAGGCUAAAAACAAACAUUUUUCGACUGGAAGAUGAUGAAAACUUCGUAAAUCCAAUUGUUUUGCCUUCAGAGCAUGAAUUGGUGAAACAAUUAAUUUAUGAACGUCACAUGAAUCUGCUACAUAGAGGAGUACAAGCUGUUCUAGCUGACAUUCGUCAACGAGUUUGGGUUUUGAGAGGAAGGAAGACAAUUCAAAGAGUUAUCACAAAAUGUUUUAGGUGCAGAAGAUAUUCUUCGAAGAAAAUGGAAACUGAACCAGCUCCACUGCCGGAAGACAGAGUUUGGGAUGCAUUCGUUUUUGAAGUUACGGGAGGGGAUUUAGCUGGUCCUUUACACUUAAAGGAUGGAAGUAAGAGUUGGAUACUGCUAUUCACUUGCGCUGUGUAUAGAGCUAUUCAUCUGGAGUUGAUUCAAAGCCUUUACACCAAUGCUUUUUUGUUAGGAUUACGAAGAUUUAUAGCGAGACGAGGCAAACCUAAAAAAACUGUACAGCGAUAA